CGAUUAUGUCAAGCCACGUGCUUGUGAUGGCCUCAGGCAAAAAAUCAAAGCACGUGUAGAAGAGUAACUGAUUUCUGUUAAAUUCAAGGUGUUCAAAGAGCUUGGUGGACCCAUUGAGUCUACAUUCUACAAAAGUGGUAUUGGCUGCUCGACUUCCCACCGUACUUUCAGACCAUUCUAAGUUGCAGACCGAUUGAACAACCUUCCCGAAACUUCGAUUUUCGCGCAGACCUAAAGCUGGCAUUUGCGGGGAGAGUCGUUGACAGAUCAUCACCUACGUCCGUGUCCUGUUUCCAUUCUGAAAAGCCCUUCUUUAUCUCGUGGGGAUCUACAAAGUACAUUCUGAUAGAGACGACAUUUUUUUGAGCCUCACCGUAUUUCAGAAUGUCUUCCACCGCGGUCGUGCAUGGUGACGAGCUUGACAUGGAGCCUACGCUCCAGUCCAUCGUCAACCAGAAGACUCUCCGUUGGAUUUUUGUGGGAGGUAAAGGAGGUGUGGGCAAGACUACGACCUCGUGCUCGCUCGCUAUUCAGGUCGCUAAAGUCCGCAAGUCUGUCUUGCUGAUCUCGACGGACCCCGCACAUAACCUGAGCGAUGCAUUUGGGCAGAAGUUCGGAAAGGAGGCGCGGCUAGUCGAUGGCUUUUCCAACCUCAGCGCUAUGGAGAUUGACCCGAAUGGGAGUAUCCAGGAUCUAUUGGCUGGUGGCGAGGGGCAGAAUGACGACCCUAUGGCCGGAUUGGGUGUUGGGAAUAUGAUGCAGGAUCUUGCAUUCAGCAUUCCCGGUGUCGAUGAAGCCAUGUCUUUUGCCGAAGUUUUGAAGCAAGUCAAGUCCUUAUCCUACGAAGUGAUCAUUUUCGACACGGCCCCUACAGGCCACACGCUCCGUUUCCUUCAGUUCCCUACCGUCCUGGAGAAGGCCCUCGCAAAGCUGUCUCAGCUGUCAUCUCAGUUCGGACCGAUGUUGAACUCCAUCUUGGGAUCCCGCGGUGGUCUUCCAGGUGGACAGAAUAUGGACGAGCUUCUCCAGAAGAUGGAGUCCCUUCGGCAGACGAUCAGCGAAGUUAAUACGCAAUUCAAGAAUGCGGACUUGACUACCUUUGUGUGCGUCUGCAUCGCCGAAUUCUUGUCCCUCUACGAGACGGAGCGCAUGAUUCAAGAGCUCACGAGCUACUCCAUCGACACGCACGCCAUCGUCGUCAACCAGCUUCUAUUCCCGAAGAAAGGCAGUGACUGUGAACAGUGCAACGCACGAAGGAAAAUGCAGAAGAAAUACCUCGACCAGAUCGAAGAGCUAUAUGAAGAUUUCAACGUGGUCAGGAUGCCACUGUUGACGGAAGAAGUCAGGGGGAAGGAGAAAUUGGAAAAAUUCAGCGAUAUGCUUGUGCAUCCAUACGUUCCCCCGGAGUGAAGGCCAUGGAGCAAUGGUUGCAGUAAAAGUAUAUUAAGCGUAUUAUCGAAUGAGUUAUGAAAGAGAUAGGGAAUAAUUCAGUUGUUGAACUGCAAGACCGGACGAGCUAUUCAUUGUCCCUUUUUUCAUGCAUCUUCUAUCUGUGGUGCUGUAUACCAGGCAUAGAAAUACCGCGACAUGGAAUCCACAUUGAUCUAAUGCAGCUUACACCUUUUUAUCUUACCAGGCAUAUAUGUAUGUAUGCAUGCAUCCACACCAGACAGACAGCAGACAGAGCUAUUCAGCCCUCGGGGCCUUCAACCCCCCCGGGCGCUACAUGGGGUUUCAACACAGCCACGAGAUGGACUCGGCAAAUAAUUACCGUUAUGAUCAUUUCAGUAGGCAAGUAAGCAGGUCUCGUGGCAUAGAAAAAGUCAGAGAUGAUAUAGUUUCCCGCAUGCGUUCCCCCUUUAUCUAUUUACCUAGUAAUUAGACAUUCUAAUAGUCAUGGUAUAUUUUAAACUCGACCGGGCUGAAUGAGCGAUUACUAUUAGUUUUCGGUGGGAGUUUACAGAUAUUGUGCUAUACAUAGAUAGUUAGUAGGUUGGUUGAUGCUGCUUAGAUGAUCUAUGUUGAACUUGUGAGAGGUGUGAGCUGUCAUCCGUGCAAACGGG